AGCGUCAGACCUUGUCCAACUUUCUGCAGGGCAGUUUUUACAUACACCCGUCACAAUUUAAUUCUGAAAGAAAAACACUACCGUCAGCUCAUGCAGUAGUAUUCAGGAGCAGAAAUGUCCUCAUCUUCCACCAUCUCGCAUCGUGAUAGGCGAGACAAGUCACAAGAAACAAUGAAUGGAUCUGCUCCGCGGCCGUCAACACCAUCGCAAGCUGGCCAACAGCGCCCACCAUAUCUUCCUACGCCCCUUGAAUCAAUCCUACUCGCAAUAUACCCUGCUACACUUCUUCUGGGCUCCCUCUUUUCCCUAAUCGAUCCCUCUGCCCGCGUCGCUCCAUACAGCGCAACCCUCCAGUCACACCCACCGGAAGUCGCACCCUCAUAUUUUGCGCAAAAAAAGAACAUUUUCAACGUCUGGUUUGUCAAGAAGGGAUGGUUCUGGACAACACUAGCGUAUUUCAUCUUUCUGUUCACUCAUCCAUCGACCGGCCCUUCUCGCCAUCCCGUCUUAACGCCGAGGCGAGUGCGCGGUUUUCUGCGCUGGACAGCGGUCACACUAUGGUGGAUGGUCUUGACACAAUGGUUUUUUGGACCUCCUUUAAUCGACCGAAGCUUCCGCUUCACUGGAGGACAAUGCGAGCUCGUACGCGACCCUGAGGCAAGGGAAGAUAUGAGCGCUCCGCGCGAAAUUCUGUCCGCUACUGCCUGCAAGCUCGCAGGUGGAAGUUGGAAGGGAGGUUAUGACAUUAGCGGGCAUGUGUUCAUGCUUGUGUUGGGAAGCGCUUUUCUAUGGCUGGAGAUACUCCCGGUUGUUCUGCGCUCUGCGGGGCUUCGCGAAGAUCGUAUUAUCAAGACCCCAGCCGGAGAGGUCAGGGAAUCUGGACGUGAGGUUGAGGUGGAGAGCAUCGGAACGGCACCUCACGCGCAUGGAGAUCCGAGUACCGGAGUCAAAGCUGCCGUUGUGGUUGUUGCUCUAUCGUGGUGGAUGCUGCUUAUGACAGCGGCCUAUUUCCACACUUGGUUCGAAAAGUUUACCGGUCUUGUGGUCGCCUUUUUCGGCAUAUUUUCUGUCUAUUUCCUCCCUCGAGCUGUACCCGCCGUGAGGAAUGUGAUAGGUAUGCCCGGCGUAUAAGAAGACUAUCAUCUCUUCCGUUCUUCUAGCAUAAAUCGUUUCUUAACUCAGCUUAAUUUCACAAAGUAUCUUUGAGGGCAUCUGGUCGCUGAGCAUUUAUUGCGAUACUUUGCCCAAAUAUGCGGAGAGACCAUAUAUUAUGUCUCCCCAAGUAUUCGUUUCUUUCUCUUUCAAAAGUCGCCAAGCUCUUUUGCCAAUUUUAAGCGCAAGAAAUCCAGCUCUCGAAAUGGUAAAUCUUCCAUCCAUUCCGUUAUUUGAAGCAAACAGGAUACAGUCACGGCAUGAUUAGAGUUCUCCACUCGUAUUCAUUCGAUAUCACCGUUCAUAUUUAGAAAUAUGUCAUACGUCAAGGAUUAUAUUAUUAGAGAUAAUACAAGUCUGGAAAAGUCUG